GCCGCAGAGGCUGAGGCAGGCAAGGACCCAAGGGUACCCUUGAAAAAGUCGUUUGUCCUUACUAUGCGCGUUGACUGUAUUCAUAUGCACAUAUUCUGCAGAUGUAUGGGGUACAACUGGGGGGGUCAAUCUACGCGGUGCAAGUGUGCUACAUUGGACAUUUUGUUUUACAAGAGUCAGUGUUGAUGCGAGAAAGGAGGGGCCUUAUCUACGCUCACCGCUGCAGCAUGUAGAGGCGGCUAUGUUCUUGAGCAGGUCCGGUCCUUGCCAGCUUUUCAGCGGCGGGACAAAUUCGUCAUCAGCCACCCUUCGUUUAGUAAACCACCACAGUUCGUAAAGGAUGCAUUCUCCGACUCGAAGCAUGUAAUGGUCCUGCAAGACGACUUCUGGUUUGGCGUUCCGCUGGUCAGGUCUUUGCAGGUGCCAUAUGUUGCGCAUCGCCAGUUGGAUGCUGUGGCCUGGGGGAACACCUCUAGUCUUCAGAAGGUUCAGGCUCGGAACAUCACUUUCAUGUUCCAUGGCAAAGGGUAUCGAAAUGCAGAAGGAAGAAACCGAGGCAUUCUAAUGAACAUGAUCCGGGGGAAUUUUAGCAAUACGAGCUUGGUGGACUAUUCUUUCGAGCGCGACAGGGACCAGGCAAACCAGUUCAGGCGUGUUCGCGAGACGGCACAGAUUUAUCUGCAGAGCAAGUUCUGUCUCGUUCUGCCUGGGGACACCCACACAACGCGCAGGCUGUACGACGCCAUGGCGGCGGGCUGUGUCCCGGUGGUUUACGGGAGCGUCCUCUUGCCAUUCCGCGAGUCGGUGCCCUGGACAGAGUUGGUGGUGUUCAUAGACUCCUGCAGAGCAGACAGGGUGAUAGAGACGCUGCGCGAGCUCCUCCUGCUGGAGGACGUCGCGCAGAGGGGAAAGGCGGCGCAGGAGGCCUACACAAGAUGGCUGUCGUUCACAAGGGGGACCGGGAUGGUGAGCGCCAUCGUACUGAGGGAGGAGGUGGAGGUGAUGUCUGCCUUCGGGGACCGCGCGGCCAAGUUCUCGAAGGUGAGGGAGGGGUGCGGGCCCGACAACCUGUUUUAGGCGCCGCGUCACGGGGUUGCUUGGGUAAAGAGGCGUCGAUCACACCGUACCACCUCCUGGUUGUGCGCGUCCCCAGAUAUCCAGCGCGUUGAAAAAGUCACGUCGAUGUCUUUCCGCUGUUUUCGGCAGCCAGGGAUGUCUUCUG